AUGGCCCUUCCCAAGCGUAUCAUCAAAGAGACGGAACGGUUGAUGGCCGAACCGGUUCCCGGAAUCAGCGCCGUACCGCACGAAGAUAACCUGCGGUACUUUGACGUCGAGAUCCAUGGCCCCAGCCAGUCUCCAUACGAAGGCGGUGUUUUCAAGCUGGAGCUGUUCCUCCCGGAGGACUACCCCAUGACCCCUCCCAAGAUCCGUUUCCUAACCAAGAUCUUCCACCCGAAUGUCGACAAACUGGGCCGUAUCUGCCUGGAUGUGCUUAAGAACAACUGGUCCCCCGCGCUCCAGAUCCGAACCAUCUUGCUGUCCAUCCAGGCCCUCCUGGGCGCCCCCAACCCCGACGACCCCCUCGCCGCCGACGUCGCCAAGAGCUGGAAGCAGGACGAGCAGGCCGCCAUUGCCACCGCCAGGGAGUGGACGCAGAAGUACGCCGUCCCUCAAUAA